AUGACCUCCCGAAAGCGUGCCUCGGACCCCCAGGGUCCUGGUGAUGCAAAUUGCUCUCAGUCUAAGAAAGUCAAGGCCACCUCGGGGAAUGAAUUAACCAGCAAGAUUGAUGCCAAUGGGGAUCGGUACUGGGAAAUCUCCAAAAUGCGCCGUGUGACUAUUUCCGAGUUCCGAGGCAGAACCAUGGUGAGCGUGCGUGAAUACUACGAGAAGGACGGGCAGGAACUCCCCGGAAAAAAGGGAAUCUCCAUGUCCAUCGAACAGUUCUCUGCCCUGGUUGAGCUUCUCCCAGAUCUUGAGCAAACCCUUCAGCAGCGGGGUGAAUCGCUACCUCGACCAGUGUACAGUGGCGCCGCCAGCCAGGUGGAUGACGAGGGCGAUAAAGAGCAAAGCAGGCCAGACAAAGAUGCGAGCCCCUCGAAGCAGAAUAUUGAGGCGACGAGUGAUGAAGACAGCGAGGCAUAG